GAGGAACCAGAGACAUCGGCUCGGCCCUCACCAGGAUGUGCAUGAGGCACCGCAGCAUCGAGACCAAGCUCCGCCAGUUCUCCAUGGUGUUUUUGGACUGUCUGAUUAACCCCCUGGCCAACACUCUGGACAAGGACCACGCCAAAGAGUAUAAGAAGGCUCGUCAGGAGAUCAAGAAGAGAUCCUCGGACACUCUGAAGCUGCAGAAAAAAGCAAAGAAAGCUGAUGUAUUCGGGCGCGGGGACCUGCAGCCUCAGCUGGACAGCGCCAUGCAGGAAGUCAGUGAUAAAUACCUGCUGCUGGAGGAGACGGAGAAGCAGGCGGUGAGGAGAGCGCUGGUGGAGGAGAGGAGUCGAUUCUGCUGCUUCGUGUCCAUGCUGCGGCCAGUGGUGGAGGAGGAGAUGUCCAUGCUCGGGGAGAUCACUCACCUGCAGACUCUGACAGACGACCUGAAAACUUUAACCAUGGACCCUCACAAGCUGCCCGCCUCCAGCGAACAGGUGAUCGUUGACCUGAAGGGCUCUGAGUGUACCUGGUCCUACCAAACUCCGCCCUCGUCUCCGAGCACCACCGUGUCCAGGAAGUCAAGCAUGUGCAGCAGCCUGAACAGCGUGAACAGCAGCGACUCGCGCUCCAGUGGCUCACACUGUCACUCCCCCACCUCACAUUUCCGAUACCGCGCCUCCUCCUCCUCCUCCUCGGUGCUACCGCAGCAGACGCCCGCACGCCUCUCCUCCAUCUCCUCCCAUGACUCAGGCUUCAUCUCCCAGGACGCCUUCCAGUCCAAAUCCCCCUCCCCCAUGCCCCCGGAAACAUCGCAGUUGUUCAACGGUUAUGACCAUCCCGCUGCCCUCUGUCUGCAUGGAGUGGUACUGCAGGCCCAGGACACCCACCUCCACCCUCCUCCAUACUUCACCUCCUCCUCCUCCUCCUCCUCCUCUCCCAUCUCCUCGCCAUCCUAUUCGUCCAUGUCUCCCACCUGGCCGUGGUGUCGUUCAGGCUCAGGCCAAUCAGGAGAGUCCCUGGCUCUCGGACUGGUCCCAUCGUCCAGAGUCCUGUCCUGGAAGGACUGGGCCAAACCGGGUCCAUACGAACAGGGAAUGGUCAACACCCUGAAGAGAAGCAAGGACAGGAGAGAGACUUCAGCCAGCAGCUACCAAGGCGCUGAUGUUACCACAACACCUGGAGAGGAACCACCAGGGGUUAAAGGAAGCCCCUCUGUGACCUCAACCAAGGAGGACCGCGAGGCCCAUGAGGAGCUGGCUCGAGUGUUGGCCCGGGGCCUUAGGUUGGACAUCCACGGCUCCAGCAGAGACUCUCUGCAGGGCUCGAGUGGCUACAGCAGCCAGACCAACACACCGUGCUGCUCAGAGGACGCCAUCCCCUCUCAAGUAUCAGACUGUGAUUAUUACUCUGUGGGAGCCGAUCAGGACGUCGAGCAGCAGCAGUCUUCAGACUUUGAUAAAUCCUCCACAAUCCCCAGAAACAGCGACAUCACUCAGUCCUACCGCCGCAUGUUCCAGUCCAAACGCCCCGCCUCCACCGCUGGGCUGCCUUCUCACCCAUCUGCCAUCAUCACCCCGGGAGUCGCCACCAUCCGAAGGACACCGUCCUCCAAACCCAACCUGCGACGGCCCUCUGGGGGCCUCAGCUUGGGCCCCAUCCCCAUCAAGCCCCCCAUGAUCCCAGUGAAAACCCCAACCGUGCCUGAGCAUCCUGGCUUCCGCAGGUCCACAUCAGAGGACAGAAGCACACCACGAACACCACUCAGCCCACCGACCACCCCUUUGACACCAGGCACCAGUACAUCACCAAAGUGCAGCCCCUGGCAGACCCAGCAGGUACGCAAGGGGUCGGAUCCCCCCACCCCUCCACCACAGCCCAGCGGUCGGGUGGAGUGGGACCGCGGUUAUCUCCCCGAGCUCCUGGAGGAGACGGAGUACGGGGAGGUGGAGGACUAUCUGGUGGCUAUUCGACGAGGCGUCAGGCUCAAGAAGGCGACGACCAACGACCGCUCGGCGCCUAUUAUUCAAUGAGAAGUUUAACCGGAGACAUUUUGAUUUCCUGCAUUCAAAGGACGCACAAUGAGAGCUAUGACAUCAAAGUGGACGACAGGAGAGGAGGAGGAGGAGGUUGCCUGGAGACUCUGAAAAAGGAUCAGUUUAGAAAUGUGCCAACUAAACUUUGAAGGAAGAUCUGAUGAUGCAGUGAGUUCAUUACAUUAUUGCCAAAUUUUGAUUUAGACUAUUUAAAAUUGAUGCGCUUCACCUUUUGGCCAUAGACACAUUUAAUAAAUAACGACUGAGCACUUUUCCGUCUGUGGUUCUAGACGAGUUAGUAAACUAUCAACGAUAAAAGAAGCUUUUUUAACCAUUGGUACUUCACUUCCUGUUCCACUAGACUGAUCCGCAUCACGUCACCCGGGCAACCUCAGUCCAUGAGAAAAGGUGUCACACGUUAUAGUUGUCCAAAAGGAGAGAGUUGCAGGAGGUGACUCGUGUAGCAGAGAGGACGAGAACACAGAUGUUGAUGUGUGCAGUGUUACGGGAUGUGGGAAGAGAUCAGAGCGAGCUGAAUGACGGAGUGUUUUCAAAAGAUCAAAUCAUUAUUUGUAUGUACAUAUUUAUAUUGACGUGUUUGUAUGUUUUGUUCCUCAUUCGCUCCUUUAACGUCACCCCCCCUCGUCUCCUGUUUAAGGUGCCAAAAGCCCGAGUGCUGAAGUGAACUGAAAUGUUCUCGACUAAAGUGAAAUGGGUUUGUUGUAAAGAUGUAGAUGGAGGGUUUGAGGAGCCUCCACUAAAGCUGGAAGAGAAUUUAUAUGUAGAGUACCGUGUUAAAGAAAGGAACUCAACCUACAACAUAAUCUGGUUCUUUUAACAUUCAGAAGAUUGACCUGCAUGUCUCGAUAUGAAAUUAGAAUUCAGCCUUUAAAUCAGAGAAUGAUUCAUAACCCCGUGAUGACACACAAGAUUAUUAUUUCAAAUCUUAAACGAUAUUAAAAGCUCUUAAAGUACGCGAAACCCGGGUUGCUCGCUCUCAUUGGCUGUUGCAUUCCAUCGGAGGCAGCUCGAUCUGGAGUCAUAAAUAUCUAACAUGUUUGAUCUUUAUGACUCCAUAUCGUUGGGGGGUAAAUCAGGGCCUUAAAUUGUCCAGUGUUGAGCCUAAGCAGAAACCAACCAGGUACUGUGGACGCCAACAACCCCAUAGAUAAAGUCUGCUUUUAUUUUCUUAAAUCGUGUUUUUAGUCGCUGGUAUAAACAUCCUUUUGUGAUAGUGGAUAAAUCUGUAUUUUCUUUUAUAAAAGUCGGUUUUUGUUAUUUCAAUAUUAGUUUAUAAAUUCGUUUUCUCAAACAUUAUAGCUAUCCUACAUCACGCAGUAUUUCAGACAGACUACCUGUGACUGUUAGCCGUCAGGUUGACCAUCUCUCUGUUCAGUGUUCAACUUUUCACCUGCUGCUAAAAUACCAUCUCUGUAGUGUCUGUGCACCGUGUGAGCGAACACUUCAAGUCUGUGGUGCCGAUAGAGGUCGCUACUAAAAGUCCUGUGGUCAUUCUUAGACAUAGUCAUUGGAAUAAUAUGGAUUUUAUUGGUCUGUUGCAGUAAAGACAGUGUUUGCUGGUGGUGAGCUGUAUUAAUCUGCAAAAAUAAAAUGGUGUUAUCGUUUUAGGUCGUUUAAGACAAACCUGGCAGCCAUGAUGGAGGUCUUAGCUCGCUAGCAUUAGCAAAGCUGAUUACAUUUUCUUGAUGUUGUAGAUAGACUACUUGUCUCCAAAUUAUUUAAAGACAUUUCGAUAUUUCAUAAUAUAAAGUAGAUUUCUACAAAUUUGCCCUAAAUUUAAAUAAGCUCUAAUUAUGUUAUCUUAUGUAGCAGCUUUAAGUAGACGUUGGAUGUUAGCUAGCGCAAAAACACAUUUUAGAAGUUUCAGUUUUUUAAGAAUGCUACUUAAAAUUUCUACAAACCCUGCUUAACAAAAUGUAUCUCACAGUAUUUUUCAUAUUUCUGCCCUAAAAGAUGUUAAGUUGGAGACAGACCACAGACGAUGCCAUCAGAGGCUUUGGUAGCUAAGAUAAAGCAGGGAAUUUAACUAGCUAAUUAGCAUGCUAGUUAACUAGUUUCCCCUCUUAUCCAAGCUGCUGUAAGUCUUACCUAGUUCACGUUGCAUCUUCCCUGCCUGAUCUCUGUAACAACUCCAGCUAUCUCUUUAAUUGGUGCUAUACCUAACUAGCUAGCGAUCUUGCUAACAUCUAAAAUGGUUAAGAUAAAAAGGUUCAGUGAGGCAGUAAGUUAAACGAUAAAACCAGGACACUGACACACACUGAUUUAAAUUACAUUCAUUGUUAAAGUUAGCUAGUAAGAACCAGGAAAGAAAGCUGGCUAGCUAGUUAAAUGAUGGAUAGCCUACAAAUAUCACAGUCAACUCUAUUGUUAACGUGAAAUUUAUCUAAUAUCAUGCUUUUUACAUUAAAGAAAAUCAUUGUGUAUAAUACAACCACACAACAAAAGAAUUAUGACCCCAAACCUGACAUUUGGACUGUAAUUGUUAGCUUUUUUUAUCUUAAGUUUGGCUAUUUAGCAUUAUUAAAUAUUCUCUACGCAUCAAGAUGUUUCAGCUAGCAGUGAGCUAAACCUUCUUAGAGCCCGAACACACGGAGACGGGUCACAUCAGGUGCUCCAGAAGUUUGGCUGCUUCUGCAUAAAGUGAAAUUGACAAGCGCUGCAACUCCGCGUCUUGAGCGAAGAAGUUGAAUAUGUUUGAACUUUUAUGCACAUGCGCCGCACAGCAGCUGAGAAUAGUGCCUGUCAAGUGCGCUGUAACAGGAAACGGCGCUCCUCUGUGUACUCGGGCCCUUAUGGGGCCAAAAAGGGCUUUUAGAUUCGUGAAUAAGUGAGAAAAUCCUCUAUUAACCGGGAACAUUUCAAACUGAACCCGCAUAUACCCUGCUGUGCAAUACUACUCACUCUCAAAUAUAUAAACCUGUGAUAGCUUGUGAUUAAAUGUCAAUUAGCCCAAUGAGCUAACCAACAUGAUGGUAAAUUAGCUAAACAAGCUCCAAUAGCGUCCCCUGUUGCUCCGUAAUACUUACUGUUAAUAAUGCAUUAUUAGGAGAAACAUUAUUUAUGUAUUUAUUCAUUUGAAAGUUUGUCCAUUAAAUAGUUUCUUUAUUUCUACACUCCUGACUGUUGAGCAUUUAAAACCUUAACAAAGAUAUUUAAAUAUGCAUGUUGUUCUUUUUUAGUUAAAGAUUUAAUAUAGUCCGCUUUUUUCUACUGGAACUACUUUUUGAUCCGUCUGCCCCUCGUAGACCAGAAUGCAUUGUAGAUGCUGCUCUUCAUGAAAUCUGUUUUAUUAAUGUUUCCUAUUUAGUGUGACGGCAGUUUGACGCCAUGUUUGACGACUGAAGUCUGUUUGAUAUCUGUUUAUUCUUCUUUUAUCUGUUUGGAUCAGUUUACUGUCCGUUUCAUGUAAGCGUGCAGGUUUCUUUUCUGUGAAGGUUUUACUCCUGUGCAGGUUUCGUUCCUGUGCAGGUUUUCCUCCUGUUCAGGUUUUGCUCUGUGCAGGUCAAACGCACUUGUGAAGCUGAUGCGAUAAAAAGUGAAUGAAGCUGAAUGUUUGAACCUGUGACGACUUGAUGAAACUGUCUAAGAGUUGAGUGAGGCCUCCACACACACCAGGGUUAAAUAAAGUGAUAAAAAGAAGCGUAUCAGUAACAGAAGAUAAUUUACUAAAUGCAUGGGGAGACAAAUCAACCAAUGAGGUGGAAGUUGGAUGUAAGACCCCACCCUCUGUGUGUGUGGAGUCCUUCCUGUCUCUGAGCGGGGACAGCAGAUGUCUGUGUUUUUUUCCUUUCAAUAUGUUGACUUUUUUUUUCUUAAACAAGUCGCCACGUUUUGGUAAACGCUGCCAUGGAUUUCUUUGUUUUUUAUUGUACAACAUUUCACUGAGGUGUUCUUCUGAAAUAGUGCCAAUAAAUGCAUUUCAAAGGUC